AUGAAUUGUUUUAUGAGAUACGACCAUGGGACCGUGGCAAGCGCUUUCUUUGAACAUAGACGUUUCAAUGAAGCCCAUUUCCGGACAACCGUCCACGACUCGAGAGUCGACAUGUAUAAAACCAAUUAUAAAAAAGACUACGAAUGGCCGGAAAACUUACCCAAACCGUGUUUCCAUCCAGCCGAACCUAAAAUAUCCGUAAUUCCGAAACUGGACGAAGAGAAAUUGAAAAAACUUUAUACGCCAAAAGUGAUUUACAAUAAACUUGGCGACAACAAAAGAAUUGAACCGCCUUUAGACUAUGGACAACCUCAACCUGUUAUAAACGACGUUUUACCAAAUUUCCCUUUGUGUUAUUCUACAUUAUACAAAGACAGUUAUACGUGGAAAAUACCGGUUGAAAAAAUCACUGAAGAAUCACUGGACGAACGGGUGCAACGAUGGAAAAACGAAUGCAAAAACCUCCGAGAAAGUGACGAUUUAGUGCAAGAUUUCUGCCAUCGAAUUAUCGGAGCUCAGAAAGUUCAGUUAAACAGGAAAAAGUUAAAUAGUUAA